UCCUGCAAAACCAAAGACCAGACCACUCACGCGACGCGCCGCACGCACGCACUGCACGGGCAAGCCCUUCUCCGAUCGUGCUCGCUCGCCGCGGCGGUGGUGGUGGUAGCAGGGUGACCGGAGCAGCGGGGAGGAGGAGAUGAGGCCGGCGCGGAGGCCGAUGGGGGUGGUGGUGGCCUGGGUGCGGCGGCAGCCGCCAAAGGUCAAGGCUUUCCUCGCCGUCGUCGCGGGCAUGGCCGCGCUCGUCUUCAUCCGCUUCAUCGUCCACGACCACGACAACCUCUUCGUCGCCGCCGAGGCCGCGCACGCGCUCGGCAUCGGCGUCCUCAUCUACAAGCUCACCAAGGAGAGGACCUGCGCUGGACUAUCACUCAAGUCUCAGGAAUUGACAGCACUAUUCCUGGCUGUUAGGUUGUACUGCAGCUUUGUUAUGGAGUAUGACAUCCAUACUAUACUGGAUUCAGCUACACUAGUAGCUACUCUUUUUGUCAUUUACAUGAUUCGGUUCAGACUGAGGGCGACUUAUAUGCUGGAGAAGGACAACUUUCCAUUGUACUAUGUGGUGGUUCCUUGUUUUGUGCUUGCGUUUUUCUCCCACCCUUCAACGUCACAUUUCAUGGUCAAUCGGAUCUGCUGGGCCUUCUGUGUUUACUUGGAAGCUGUUUCAGUGCUGCCCCAGUUGCGCUUGAUGCAGAACACAAAGAUUGUUGAACCGUUCACAGCUCAUUAUGUGUUUGCAUUGGGUGUUGCAAGGUUUCUUAGCUGUGCACACUGGGUCCUUCAGGUCUUGGAUACACGUGGCAGAUUGUUGACUGCCCUGGGCUAUGGUAUGUGGCCUUCGAUGGUGCUUCUCUCUGAAAUCGUCCAGACGUUCAUCCUUGCAGAUUUCUGCUACUACUAUGUAAAGAGUGUUGUUGGUGGACAACUUGUGCUGCGGCUUCCUUCCGGGGUGGUGUGAAAUAUGCAACAGGAUACACAACCCAGUUACUCGGUGCUCUGUCAUAUAGUUGAACAGUGGUUCUGCUUAUAGCGCCCAACCUUCUCUCUUCCCAUGUGGGAUGAAUUUGAGAGCCGAGAGCCUUGUUUGCUUUUAUUUUUCCAGUUAUAAACUGUUCUUGUGAAAAUUGUACCAGAGACCGCCGUGAAGCUUAGAAUGCUAUCUUUAUAUCAACAGCUGACUAUUUAUCCAGACUAGUUUUUAAGUA